AAUACUCUGACCCCCUUUUGGCAUCUUUUUCUUCUACUCAAGCUAUAUAUACACACAAAAUGCAACUCCCUCUUGUUAAACCAUCAUCAGAAGCUUUCAAAAGCAUCUAGAAAAGCUUCAAACUUCCUUGGCCAUAGUCAUGCACAUUUUCAUGGACAAGGGCCUUCUUGCAUGAAAACUAUAAUUCAGUGAGGCAUUUGUGUAGGUUGAGUGGCUGACUAUGGACACUGGUGAUGCACUUAGAAUAAGCAGUGCAAGGCUGAGCAGUUCAAGGCUAAGCAGUGCACGUUUGAGCAGUUCAAACAUAUGGAGGACAGGUGGAAAGGAGAUCUUCUCAAGGUCUAGCCGGGAUGAGGAUGAUGAGGAGGCUCUGAAGUGGGCUGCACUCGAAAAGCUCCCGACAUACUUGCGAAUUCGGCGGGGGAUUCUCACUGAAGAAGAAGGCAAGAUAACAGAGGUUGAUAUCCAGAAUCUCGGAUUGAUAGAGAGGAGGAACCUGUUGGAGAGGUUGCUGAAGACAACUGAGGAAGACAAUGAGAAGUUCUUGUUAAAGCUGAAGCAGAGGAUUGAGAGAGUUGGACUGGAUUUUCCUACAAUUGAAGUCCGAUUCGAGCAUCUAAAUAUCGAGGCAGAAGCUUAUGUUGGGGGCCGAGCUCUACCCACAAUAUUCAAUUUCUGUGUUAACAUACUUGAGGGGUUUCUCAACUCUUUUUACAUCCUUCCUAGUAGAAAGAAACCAUUACCGAUCCUCAGCGAUGUCAGUGGAAUCAUCAAGCCUCGCAGAAUGACAUUACUUCUAGGGCCCCCGGGCUCUGGAAAGACCACGUUACUUCUAGCAUUAGCUGGGAAGCUCGGCAAAGAUUUGAAAUCCUCAGGAAGAGUCACCUACAACGGACACGGGAUGAAAGAAUUUGUACCGCAGAGGACAUCGGCUUAUAUAAGUCAAUAUGAUCUCCAUAUAGGAGAAAUGACUGUUAGGGAAACUCUGGCUUUCUCGGCCAGGUGUCAAGGUGUCGGACCACGUUAUGAGAUGCUAGCAGAGUUAUCGAGAAGAGAGAAGGAGGCAAAUAUCAAACCCGAUCCUGACAUAGAUUUAUUUAUGAAGGCAUCAGCACUGGAAGGACAGGAAACUACUGUUGUUACCGAUUAUAUACUCAAGAUUUUGGGACUUGAAAUCUGCGCCGACACGAUGAUGGGAGAUGAAAUGAUAAGAGGCAUCUCCGGUGGACAAAAGAAACGAGUCACAACGGGGGAGAUGCUAGUCGGGCCAGCCAAAGCUCUCUUUAUGGACGAAAUAUCGACCGGCUUGGAUAGUUCGACAACAUUCCAAAUAGUGAACUCACUCAGACAGUCCAUACACAUCCUCAGUGGGACUGCUCUAAUAUCCCUACUCCAGCCUGCACCAGAAACUUACGACCUGUUUGAUGAUAUCAUCCUUCUCUCGGAUGGGCAAAUUGUGUACCAAGGUCCCCGAGAAAAUGUGCUAGAGUUCUUCGAACACAUGGGUUUUAAAUGUCCUGAAAGGAAAGGAGUAGCUGAUUUCUUGCAAGAAGUGACUUCAAGGAAAGAUCAAGAGCAGUAUUGGGCGAAUAAGGACACACCUUAUAGGUUUGUAACCGUCAAAGAAUUUUCCGAAUCGUUGCAGUCAUUUCACAUUGGUCGGAAACUAGGUGACCAGCUUGCGAUCCCAUUCGACAAGUCAAAAGGCCAUCCAGCUGCUCUAACAACUAAGAAGUACGGGGUGAGCCAGAAAGAACUAUUGAGAGCUUGCGUUUCGAGGGAAUUUUUGCUGAUGAAGAGAAACUCCUUCGUCUAUAUUUUCAAAAUGUCUCAGCUUAUUUUUAUGGCUUUCAUAACCAUGACGGUGUUCCUACGGACAGAGAUGCACCGAGAUACAGUGAUAGAUGGUGGGAUUUAUUUUGGGGCUCUCUUCUUCACUCUGAUCAUGAUAAUGUUCAAUGGGUUCUCGGAGCUUGCCAUGUCCAUCAUGAAGCUCCCCGUCUUCUACAAGCAGAGAGACUUCCUCUUCUUUCCUGCAUGGACAUAUGCGCUACCCACGUGGAUCCUGAAGAUCCCGAUCUCUCUUGUAGAAGUUGCUGUUUGGGUAGUCUUGACAUACUAUGUCAUCGGCUUUGACCCUUAUGCUGGAAGGUUCUUCAAACAGUAUUUUCUUCUCCUAUGCCUACAUCAGAUGGCUUCUGGUUUAUUCCGAUUCAUCGGGGCAGUAGGAAGGAACGUGAUUGUGGCAAACACUUUUGGGUCGUUUGGAUUACUUACCGUUAUGGUCUUGGGCGGAUUCAUCAUAGCAAGAGAUGAUGUUAAGCCAUGGUGGAUAUGGGGUUAUUGGUUCUCCCCAAUGAUGUAUGGACAGAAUGCUAUCGCUGUAAAUGAAUUUCUCGGAAAGCAAUGGAGACAUAUUCCUCCUAAUGCCACAGAGCCUUUAGGAGUUUUGGUCCUGAAGUCCCGUGGAAUUUUUCCCGAAGCACGUUGGUAUUGGAUCGGAGUAGGAGCUUUGAUUGGAUACAUGUUUCUGUUUAAUUUCCUGUUCACCGUGGCUUUGAAAUAUCUCGACCCAUUUGGGAAGCCUCAAGCUGUACUAUCAAAAGAGACUCUGGCAGAGAAAAUUGCGAGCAAGAACGGAGAGGUCAUUGAGCUAUCAUCAAGAGGGAGCCAGAGGAGUUCAUCUGAAAAAGAGAGUGGACGCCAAAGAAGUGCCACAUCGAGAUCAUUGUCUACGAGAGUUGGGAGCAUAAAUGAUUCGGACCCGAAUAGGAAACGAGGAAUGGUUCUUCCUUUCGAUUCGCUUUCUAUAGCUUUUGAUGAUAUCAGAUACGCCAUAGACAUGCCCCAGGAAAUGAAAGCUCAAGGUAUUCCUGAAGAUCGGCUGGAACUUCUAAAGGGAGUUAGUGGUGCUUUUAGGCCAGGAGUAUUGACAGCUUUAAUGGGUGUCAGCGGCGCUGGAAAGACCACUCUGAUGGACGUGUUGGCUGGAAGGAAAACAGGUGGAUACAUCGACGGGACAAUCACAAUAUCUGGGUACCCAAAGAAACAAGAAACAUUCGCUCGCAUAUCGGGAUACUGUGAACAAACCGAUAUCCACUCUCCUCAUGUCACAGUUUACGAGUCCUUGGUGUAUUCUGCAUGGCUUCGGUUACCUCCUGAAGUGGAAUCUGAGACUAGGAAGAUGUUCAUUGAAGAAGUGAUGGAGCUUGUAGAGCUUACCCCAUUACGAGAAGCGCUAGUUGGGUUGCCUGGUGUGAAUGGCCUCUCCACCGAGCAGAGGAAAAGGCUGACAAUUGCAGUGGAGCUCGUAGCCAACCCGUCCAUCAUAUUCAUGGACGAGCCUACCUCUGGCCUCGAUGCCAGGGCAGCUGCUAUAGUAAUGAGAACGGUUAGAAACACAGUUGACACAGGGCGAACUGUCGUUUGCACCAUCCACCAGCCAAGCAUCGAUAUAUUUGAUGCUUUUGAUGAGCUGUUUCUUCUGAAAAGAGGCGGAGAGGAGAUCUAUGUCGGUCCAUUAGGCCAGCAUUCCUCGCACCUGAUCAACUAUUUUGAGGGCAUUAGCGGAAUUCCAACAAUUAAAGACGGAUACAAUCCAGCGACUUGGAUGUUGGAGGUGACAACGGCUGCUCAAGAAGAAAUCCUCGGGGUUAACUUCACUGAAGUCUACAGGAAUUCGGAACUGUUUAGGAGAAACAAAGCUCUGAUCAACGAGCUAAGUACACCUCCACCAGGGUCAAAAGAUCUCUAUUUUCCAACGCAAUAUUCACAAUCGUUUUUCACCCAGUGUAUGGCUUGCCUAUGGAAACAACACUGGUCAUAUUGGCGCAACCCGGCAUACACAGCCGUGAGACUUCUAUUCACAAUUUUCAUCGCUCUGAUGUUCGGCACGAUAUUUUGGAACCUCGGCUCCAAAAGGAGAAGCCGGCAAGAUCUCUUCAACGCAAUGGGCUCUAUGUACGCAGCUUGCCUUUUCAUCGGAUUUCAGAAUUCAACUUCGGUUCAACCUGUUGUGGCUAUUGAGAGGACGGUCUUCUAUCGAGAGAGAGGGGCUGGAAUGUAUUCCGCUCUGCCCUAUGCCUUUGCACAGGUUAUCAUCGAGAUUCCCUACAUCUUCCUCCAAACUGUCAUCUAUGGAGUGAUUGUCUAUUCAAUGAUCGGGUUCGAAUGGACCGCCAGCAAGUUCUUUUGGUACAUCUUCUAUAUGUUCUUCAGCUUGUUGUACUUCACUUACUAUGGGAUGAUGAACGUGGCGGUCACGCCCAACCACAACAUAGCUGCCAUAACCUCUUCUGCAUUCUUAGCGAUUUGGAACCUAUUCUCAGGAUUCAUCGUUCCUCGAACAAGAAUUCCUAUCUGGUGGAGAUGGUAUUACUGGGCUUGUCCCCUUUCUUGGACAUUGUAUGGACUGUUGGCCUCACAGUUUGGAGAUAUUAAGACCAGGCUUGACACUGGCGAGAUAGUGGAAGAGUUCGUGAGGAGUUAUUUUGGGUUCAGGCAUGACUUCUUGGGAGUGGUUGCAAUCAUGCUGGUCGGCUUCGCUCUCCUCUUUGGAUUCAUCUUUGCCUUCUCAAUCAGAGCAUUCAACUUCCAGAAGAGGUGAUGACAGCACAACGGGAGAUGGAGAGAAAUUGUUACAAGAUAUUGUUAUUCCAAGAUAUAUAUGCGGAUCAAAAGUUUUAUUGAAGAAAGUGGAAUGUACUUUCAUAGUAAUCAUAACGACUACUUCAAUUAAUAA